UAAGCAGAAAAGGCGGAAAAUGCAGACCAACUGCGGAGGACGGCGGCAGGCGGCCCCUGGGGAGGGAGAGGUGGCGGUGCUGGGAGGCACCAGGGAAGCCCUGGCCCGGCCCUGGCACGUAACAGAGCUAGGAGCCCGGGUGCCACGCGUGUGCGAUCGUAGGUGGACAACCCGGAGUAGAGGCGCGCCGUCAGUGCCGGGAGAAGCAGCCGAGGGCGGCCCCCAAGGAACGAGGCCUGGGAGAACGGCGCCAACACAGGCCCCGCAAAGCCACACUCAAAAGUGGGGCCGGGGACCGCGCCGUCCUCCUCAAGCCUCCGCAGGGGACCACCAUGCCCGGCUCCUUCACGCGCAGGCGCAACGACAAGGUAGGCGUGGGUGGGCGGAGUCAAGACCGGAAGUGCCCCGGCGCACUGGUCUUCCCCCGAAACCAGCCAGCAGGAACUUCCCUGAGGUCCCGCUUCCAGCCGGAACGCUGGGUUGCUGGGCAACCGGUGCGGGUGGCGCCGGCGGGCUCAGUGCUGCACCGAGUAAGCCGAGUGUAGCUCCCACCUCCUACCCUGGCAACUUCCCGUCCAGUCCGCUUCCCUUCUUGACGCCUCUCCUUGCGUCGCGGAAUCCCUGCCCUUGGCACUACGUGCACCUCUCCGGCUCCCACGACACUUUCGUGGCCACCUGCUUCGAAGCCAAGCUUCACCGAGAGCGAAGCGGUCUGACCCUGGGCGUGGCCUGCACGUUGACGGACAGCGCCUCUCGGGCCAUGGCCACCUACACCUACACCUACACCAGCCGGCCCCGGGCCCUGCCUUGCCGGCGCCGCCGUUACCGGGACGACCAGAUGCAGCCAGCUGAAGAAGCUAUGCGUUACGGAAACAUAAUGUAUGACAGAAGGGUGAUCCGAGGCAGCACAUAUGCUCUGCAGACGGCACCACUGCCUGGGCAGCCUGAUCCUGCAGAGACUCAGAGGCAGCAGCGAGCUACGAGGAGGGCUCUUGCCAGAAAGCGAGCCCAAGAACAGCUCAGGCCACGAACGCCCGAUCCCGUGGAAGGCAGAAAGCAUGUAGAUGUGCAGACAGAAUUAUACCUUGAAGAAAUUGCUGACCGCAUAAUAGAAGUUGAUGUGGAAUGCCAAACGGAUGCAUUUUUGGACAAACCACCAACACUGCUCUUUAUUCCUGCCAAAACUGGCAAAGAUGUGGCCACCCAAAUUCUAGAAGGAGAGCUCUUUGACUUUGAUCUUGAAGUUAAACCAAUGUUAGAAGUUUUGGUGGGAAAGACCAUCGAGCAGUCUCUUCUGGAAGUAAUGGAAGAAGAAGAGUUGGCGAACCUGCGGGCCAGGCAGCGCGCACAUGAGGAGUUACGCAACGUCGAGCUUGCGGAAGUUCAGCGACUUGAAGAGCGAGAGAGACGACACCGAGAGGAAAAAGAACGUCGUAAGCAACAGCAGUGGCAAGUGGUUCACAAGCAUAACGAGACCGCACAGAAAAUCGCCGCCCAAGCGUUUGCACAGCGUUACCUGGCCGACCUCCUCCCUUCUGUUUUCAGCAGCCUCAGGGAUGGUGGCUACUUUUACGAUCCUGUUGAAAGAGAUAUUGAGAUAGGAUUCCUUCCAUGGCUAAUGAAUGAAGUUGACAAAACCAUGGAGCGCAGCAUGGUUGGAAGAACAGUGGUUGACAUGUUGAUUCGUGAGGUGGUUGAGAAACGGCUGAGUCUGUAUGAGCGUAAGGAAGACAAGCACUCUUCUCUGAAACCUGAGGAUGGGCUCAGUGGUCCUGGAGGAAUGAGAGAUCCACUGGAGGGCUACGAAUUCCAGGGUCACGGUGCAUCACAGGCACAGAGGCCACUUCCACACAGAGACUCCCCGCAAAGAACACCGUAUGAUGCAAGGUAUAUGCAGAGAGUGUCAUCCCAAGAAAGGAAGCUUAUGGAAGAAGAGGAUGAGCAAACAGAAAUGAGGCAAUCCUUCAGGAGUGAAGAACUGUUGCAGUAGAGGGGAGCUUCGGAGCCGUGGAGCCCAUCAGCAGCCAGUCAGCAUUGCGAGCAAUCAGGUAAUGAUGCGCGAGCCCCUCAGGUUACGCAUUAGCUUGUGUUUAGUCAACAUGUCUUCUUGUCUAAUGGGCUGAGCAAAUCAAAUACGUUGAAAUAAUAAAACUAAUUUUUAAAAUGAAACUUUAUUCAAGAGUAGACUAUUUAGAAGCUAUAUUAUAACUCUAAUGAGAAUUAUGUCUAAUUACAAGCUUCCCAUUACCAGUAUAUAUAACUAAUGAAUGUAUUUUUCCUUAGUCCUUCCAUCGCCACUGUGUAACCAAUGUAUUUUUCCUCACUCUUCCCAUUACCACUAUAUAUAACUAAUAUAUUUGUCCUUAGUUUUGUGGUUUAGUUCUUUUUUUAGUAAGUAUGCUAUUUAAUGUUAGAUACCAGUGCCGUCAGCCAUUGAGCUUUUCUUCUCUGUAGAAAAACUGUUUAACUUACUCUAACCAAGAAUCCCUAAAUGUUGGGUAACUGAAAGCUGUAGUGCUCUCUCCUUGCAGAGACCAAGAAGUAUACCCAUAUUUGUAUAAACUUAAACAGAUAGUUAGCCCUUCAAUCUUCAAUAUUCAUGUAAUGCUCAAGAGAUUCUAUGAAUUAAUAAUAUGCUCUCAUCUAUUUUUUCACAUUCCUGCUAUUAAAAAAUGUCAGGCAAUGCCAAUAAAGCUAAAAGACCCUCCUCAGAGAUGACCACUGUCAUCCAUCAGGUGUGUACCUUCCAGGCCUUUUUCAAGAUAUUUUUAUAGAUAUAGGUUUGAACACCUGGAAAUAUAUGGGUUGUAUUAUUUGCAUUUUUCACCUAACAGUAUAUCUUAGACCUUUCAACAUUAGUACAUAUAAAUCUCUUUUUAAAAUAUGGUAAGAUAUUACCUAGUAUGACUGUGCUAUAGGGAAUUACCAUUUGAUUUUUUAAUCUGAACUUCUUUGGUGAAUUUACCUGCACUAUUGAAAAUCACAGAUAUUUUAUUUCUAAAGUUAUGUUAAUCUUAAUCACUGAAGUCUUCUGAGGC